CUGUCUGUCUUUUUUAGCUGUUAUAAAUGUUUCACGGAUGAGCAAGCGCUGCUGGAGCAUAUCCCAAAGCAUAAGGAGUCGAAGCACUUAAAGGUACAUAUUUGUCCAUACUGCGGUAAAUCGUACACUCAGCAGACAUACCUUGCAAAACACAUGACCAAACACGCAGAUAGGCGAAACAUCAACAAUUUUGUCGAAGGUCUGGAAGGUUUAAACGCGUGGCGGAAUGAAACCGUUGCCGCUUCCUCAGCACCGUCAAUGGCUGCCGCAGCAGCGCACGGUCAUUUCAACGCAGGGAUACAGGCUUCGGUGCUGUCGGCCGCAAAUCAGUCUGCUGCAGCCGCUGCGACCAGCUCGGCGACAAGUGCAGCGGCUGCUGCAGCAUGUACGUAUCCGAGUGCUGCUGCCGCUGCGUCGACUGCUGCAGCAAAUCAGAUGAUGGUUAAUGAUCCGUCUGCAUUUCGUAUCAAUAUGGCUGCAUUUGGGCGAACGCUGGGCACAUCCAGAUCCUAUUUCCCGUUUGACAAUCCAGCAUUCAAAUCGGAAGCACAAAGGCCGGCUGGGUAAUG